AUGCGUCGAUUCUUCCGGGCAAAUAGCUUCGUUCAAACGCUGCGUGCGAUGUAUUACAUUGCCAAAGUUGUGGGACUCAUUUCGUUUACCGUAUCGUUCGAUGCAAUCGGUAUGCGGCGCAGCUUCAAGGACGUGCUUGUUUUUGUUGGCUUUAUGUUUUUCAACAGUUACAUUGUCUACAGUACGGGUAUACCACCCAGAACGGACAGCCCUGCGUACUUCGACUCGUCGCUCAUCGAAUUCAUCCUCAGUCUGUUUCUUACGCUCCAGUUAAUCGCUUUGCUCGGCAUUCCGAUCGCUAACUAUGCUCAGGCGUACAAGUUCAAUCGAAUUAUAGAGCUGAUCAUGGAGGUGGACAUUGGAUUGGAGCGACUUGGGUGCACUCACGAUUACAGUGCGGAGUACUUCUACAGCACAGCGUACCUGACCAUUUCCGUUGCUAUUCAAAUCAGCUGUCUUAUCGGGACCUCAUUUACGAACCCUUUUCUCCUUGAUAUGGACACCGGAAAGAACGUCGUGGCCCUUGUCGGUUUCGUCAUGUGCAACUUGGUAUACAUCAUAACCAGCUGCUACUGCUGUGUGACGCUCUGGGCAAUAGUUUAUCGGUAUCAUAAAAUUAAUGUCACGUUUUGCUCAUACUUUCAUACCAACGAACAAACCAAUAAAGCAUUGCUCCCACUGUCCGAAAAGGAAACAAUCAAAGCAAUCGCCUUGUUGUACAUGAAGCUGGGAACUGUGGUGCAGAUGUACAAUCGAUGCUAUUUUGCACACAUAUUUUACAUCAUUGCUAGUGCUUUUGGACUUAACUUGGUGUGUUUGUUUACAAUCAUACACGUGUAUAUGGUUGUCAGUAGUGACGAAAGCUUCGAUACUAUCAUGAUAUCGCAAAUAUUACUAAGCUUUUUCUUUAUUUUGAUCAUCAUGCAAGUCAUGUUUGCCGGAAAUUUUUUGCACAAAAAGGCAAAACACACAGCAAUAUUAUUGCAUAAGGCAGUCAUCUAUAAUGAUUGCAAUGCAGUAGUUGUGGAGCAACUUCGAUCAUUUUCCAUUCAACUAAGUCACGAAAUGCCAAAAGCUUCGUGCUACUUCUAUGACAUCGACUGGGACUUUUUGCUGUCGAUGAUUUCCUCGUUUGCUACCUACCUCAACAUACUUGUGCAGUUCGACAUUAUGCAGCUGCGAACAGCAAGCUUCAAGAGCAACAGUACACUGGCCGUAAUCUGA